AUGUAUGGGACAACUACAAACCCCUUUGCAAGAACAUCGUGUCACUGUCGUAGCCUCAAUAUUGGUGAUACCAACCACCUCACACCCUCGUUGCAUCACGGCCAAAGGCCCAAAGAUGCCCACUGUAACCUGAGUAUAGCGGCAGGACUUGUGCACAGGCAUGCAAGAAGUGUGAUGAAAAUCACGUUACCCAACACAACCAAACAGAUUUUUGAAAAAUCCGUUGUGCAAAGCAUUAUGCAAAUGACUGUAAAUCAAGGGGGUGCCGGCCUGGGAAUCCCGUACCAGGACCCGGUUAUAUGUCUAACAUUGGUUUCACACAUUCUAUGUAUCACACCUUUGAGACAGAGCCACCUGCCCUUGAUGCGGAGGGCUUUGCCAUCUGUGGUAGCUGUGUAUCCUCAUCAAAUCCUCAUAUGCAAACAAGGUGUGCGAGACACACUGGUUCCAUCUAAAAUGUGUGGAACAUGUGCAAGCACCCCGGAAUUUUGCCUCCAUGACUUGUACAAGACACAGGGGAAUCACUCACAAAUGAUGUCAUAUUACUAUAUAUGGUGUUGCACAAUCCUCGGCCCAAUAUCUUGA